AUGGGCAACGCGGGGAGCAUGGAUUCGCAGCAGACCGAUUUCAGGGCGCACAGCGUGCCUUUGAAGCUGCCGAUGCCCGAGCCAGGUGAACUGGAGGAGCGGUUUGCCAUCGUGCUGAAUGCUAUGAACCUGCCCCCUGACAAAGCCAGGUUGCUGCGGCAGUAUGACAAUGAGAAAAAGUGGGAACUGAUUUGUGAUCAGGAACGGUUCCAGGUGAAGAAUCCUCCCCACACGUACAUUCAGAAGCUCAAAGGCUAUCUGGACCCAGCUGUAACCAGGAAGAAAUUUAGACGGCGUGUUCAAGAAUCCACACAAGUGCUAAGAGAACUGGAAAUUUCCUUAAGAACCAACCAUAUCGGAUGGGUCAGGGAGUUUUUGAAUGAAGAAAACAAAGGCCUCGAUGUCCUGGUGGAGUAUCUGUCGUUUGCGCAGUACGCGGUAACUUUUGACUUUGACAGCGUGGAAAGCACCGUGGAGAGCUCGGUGGACAAAUCAAAGCCCUGGAGUAGGUCCAUCGAGGACCUGCACAGAGGCAGCAACCUGCCCUCCCCCGUGGGCAACAGUGUGUCCCGCUCCGGAAGGCAUUCUGCACUGCGAUAUAAUACUUUGCCGAGCAGAAGAACCUUGAAAAAUUCAAGAUUAGUGAGUAAGAAGGAUGACGUGCAUGUCUGCAUCAUGUGUUUACGUGCCAUCAUGAAUUAUCAGUAUGGUUUCAACAUGGUCAUGUCUCAUCCACAUGCUGUCAACGAGAUUGCACUAAGCUUGAACAACAAGAAUCCAAGAACAAAAGCCCUUGUGUUGGAACUGUUGGCAGCCGUUUGUCUUGUCAGAGGCGGGCAUGAAAUCAUUUUAUCAGCUUUUGACAACUUUAAGGAGGUUUGUGGAGAAAAGCAGCGCUUUGAGAAGUUGAUGGAACAUUUCAGGAAUGAAGACAAUAACAUCGAUUUUAUGGUGGCCUCUAUGCAGUUUAUUAAUAUUGUAGUCCAUUCAGUAGAAGAUAUGAAUUUCAGAGUUCACCUCCAGUAUGAAUUCACCAAGUUAGGCCUGGACGAAUACUUGGAUAAGCUGAAACACACGGAGAGCGACAAGCUGCAGGUGCAGAUCCAGGCGUACCUGGACAACGUGUUCGACGUGGGGGCCCUGCUGGAGGACGCGGAGACCAAGAAUGCAGCCUUGGAAAGGGUGGAGGAGCUGGAAGAAAACCUCUCUCAUUUGUCUGAGAAGCUGCAAGACACGGAGAACGAAGCCAUGUCCAAGAUCGUGGAGCUGGAGAAGCAGCUCAUGCAGAGGAACAAGGAGCUGGAUGUGGUUCGAGAAAUCUACAAAGAUGCAAAUACCCAGGUUCACACGUUAAGGAAAAUGGUCAAAGAGAAAGAAGAAGCCAUUCAGAGACAGUCGACCCUGGAGAAAAGGAUCCAUGAACUGGAAAAACAAGGGACCAUUAAGAUUCAGAAGAAGGGGGACGGGGACAUCGCCAUCCUGCCGGUCGUGGCUCCCGGCACACUGUCUGGGGGCUCGGACGCCGCGGGGGGACCAGUAACGGGGGCCGCCGCCUCGGGGCCCUUGCCCCCUCCCCCACCUCUACCUCUGGUGUCAGAUGCGCCUGAAGCCGUGCAAAACGGUCCGGUGACACCACCUAUGCCCCCGCCCCCGCCUCCCCCACCCCCGCCUCCCCCACCCCCUCCGCCGCCUCUGCCGGGUCCCGCCUCGGAGACUGUGCCAGCGCCGCCUCUACCGCCACCCCUUCCUCCUUCUGCACCCCCGCUGCCCGGGAUGUCUUCACCCACGGUGGUUUUCAACUCAGGAUUAGCAGCUGUGAAAAUUAAGAAGCCCAUCAAGACGAAAUUCAGAAUGCCAGUCUUUAACUGGGUUGCCCUGAAGCCAAAUCAGAUCAACGGCACAGUCUUCAAUGAGAUCGAUGAUGAGCGGAUUCUGGAGGAUUUAAAUGUGGAUGAAUUUGAGGAAAUAUUUAAGACCAAAGCCCAGGGUCCUGCCAUUGAUCUUUCCUCAAGCAAACAGAAGAUAACGCAGAAGGGAUCCAACAAGGUGACGCUCCUGGAAGCAAAUAGGGCCAAAAACCUUGCCAUCACUUUAAGGAAAGCUGGAAAGACCGCCGACGAGAUCUGUAAAGCCAUUCACGUCUUCGACUUGAAGACGCUGCCUGUGGACUUUGUGGAGUGCUUGAUGCGGUUCUUGCCGACCGAGAACGAGGUGAAGGUGCUCCGGCUCUACGAGCGGGAGAGGAAGCCGCUGGAGAACUUGUCGGACGAGGACCGCUUCAUGAUGCAGUUCAGCAAGAUCGAGCGGCUCAUGCAGAAGAUGACCAUCAUGGCCUUCAUCGGCAACUUCGCCGAGAGCAUCCAGAUGCUCACGCCGCAACUGCACUCCAUUAUAGCAGCAUCUGUCUCUAUAAAGUCGUCUCAAAAACUCAAGAAAAUUCUGGAGAUCAUCUUGGCCCUUGGGAACUACAUGAACAGCAGUAAACGAGGAGCAGUUUAUGGAUUCAAGCUUCAGAGUUUAGAUCUGCUUUUAGACACAAAGUCGACAGACCGGAAGCAAACACUGCUGCACUACAUAUCCAAUGUCGUCAAGGAGAAGUACCAGCAGGUGUCCCUCUUUUACAACGAGCUGCAUUAUGUGGAGAAAGCUGCGGCAGUCUCCCUGGAGAACGUCUUGCUGGACGUGAAGGAGCUGCAGAGGGGCAUGGACCUGACCAAGCGCGAGUACACCAUGCACGACCACAACACGCUGCUGAAGGACUUCAUCCUCGGCAACGAGGGGCGGCUGAAGAAGCUGCAGGACGACGCCAAGAUCGCGCAGGACGCCUUCGAUGACGUGGUGAAGUAUUUUGGAGAAAACCCCAAGACGACGCCCCCCUCUGUCUUCUUUCCUGUGUUCGUCCGGUUUGUGAAGGCCUACAAGCAAGCGGAGGAGGAGAACGAGCUGAGGAAGAAGCAGGAGCAGGCGCUCAUGGAGAAGCUCCUGGAGCAGGAGGCUCUGCUGGAGCAGCAGGACCCAAAGUCUCCUUCUCACAAAUCAAAGAGGCAGCAGCAGGAGUUGAUCGCAGAGUUAAGAAGGCGUCAAGUGAAAGAUAACAGGCACGUGUACGAAGGGAAGGACGGUGCCAUUGAGGACAUCAUCACAGCUUUAAAGAAGAAUAAUAUCACUAAAUUUCCAAAUGUUCACUCGAGGAUCUUAGAAACCAACCAUACAGACGAGCCGAUGCGGUGA